CACCACACAGUCCUCAGCUGCGGACGUACACACACAUACUACUGUGCGCCGAAACUUAUCACGGAGCCUUCCCAUACUUGUGUGAACCUUUGAACCUUACUGGUAUUUCUCACGGUGAACCGGUGAACCUAAAGUGCUAGUCUGAACCAAAGGAUUAACACUAUUGUGUAACAGAAUACAAGAAAAGACUCAAGAAGGGAAAGUGAAAAACGAGCAUUUGCAAUAUUUUAAUGUCUCAUAAAGCAGUGUCACUCGCCACCAACGCGAUGCUCUACAACUCAGUGGACAACUGCACCGGGGUCGAGGACAACAGCGUGAGGAUGAACAAGACAGACGAGCUCUCUGACUUCUCGUCUCAGUCCAUCCUGUGCGCCAUGGACCGCUUUGUGAAGGCAGUCAACCACAUGAACGAAACGGUCAUGGUGCCGUGCAGGCUGCUGGACGUGAACGUGGACUCCACCAAGAAUCCCAGCAACGUACCAACAAUGCUGCGAGGGAACAACAAGCCCUACAGUCUGUACAAUGUGCUCAACUCCAUCAAAAACGACCUCAUCUGGGGCCCCACAUCCAACGACGAUGACGAUAAUGAGAACAGCAGCGUAACCUCUCCAUUUAUCAACAACACACGGUGGUCAGACUCCGGGCCUGCGUCCACCACAGCAGACAACGUGAAGGGUCACUUCCGACGCCAGAGCACCUUGUCCAACAUAUCCAUGGCCUCUAGCACCUCAGACGGGGAGAGUGAGGGCUGCUUCGAGGGAAGUGAAGGUGGUGACUCUGGUCUGGAGGGAGAUGAGGGCGGCGAGGCUGUCAACAACGUGAUGGACUCCUUGAGAAAUCACCUGAUUGGACUUCACCUCUGUCUCAACAGUCUCACGGACACAGCCAGUUACAUCACUGAUCGCUACCAAGACGAAGUCAAUGCUUAAGGUGUCCCUGCCCUGGGUCAGCAAUAUGGCCCGCGACUCAGCCCUGGUGCACAAGUCCGCCUCGUACCCUCGUAACCAGGGCGAGACCCACUGUCUGUCGCGGUUUCCCAGCUACCUGCAGAGGCCGGUCCUCUCAUCUAGUCUGUGAUAGUGCACGUGCGCACAACCCCAGCACACGUGCACGCGCCCUGAUAGUAAACAUAAGUAAUGCAUAUCGCAAACCAGCAUCGUUGUCCCGGCACUACAGGUGUAUUAGGCAAAAUUAUCCUCACAUAUAUAUAUUCUUGACCCUCCCUUCUGCAUCACCUGUGGUUCC